AUGUCUCUUAUCUCCGCUCGUUUGGCCUCCUCGGUGGCCAGGCGCUUGCCUAAUGCUGCCACCCAGGUUUCGAAGGUCGCCGUGCCCGCGGUGGCGGUGGCUUCUCGCAAGCUCCAUGUCUCGUGCACGCAUAGGGCUGCCGAAAUCUCCACAAUCCUGGAGGAGAGAAUCCUCGGUGCCGCACCCAAGGCUGACUUGGAAGAAACCGGCCGUGUGCUGAGCAUCGGUGACGGUAUUGCCCGUGUGUAUGGCCUUAAGAAUAUUCAGGCUGAGGAGAUGGUGGAAUUCUCUUCUGGCCUUAAGGGUAUGGCUCUUAACUUGGAGCCUGACAAUGUUGGUGUUGUAGUCUUCGGUAACGACAGGUUAAUCAAGGAAGGAGAUAUUGUAAAACGUACUGGUGCCAUUGUAGACGUGCCCGUAGGUGAACAACUUUUGGGUCGCGUAGUCGACGCCCUGGGUAACCCCAUCGACGGCAAGGGCCCCCUCGACACAAAAACACGUAUGCGUGUCGGUAUCAAAGCCCCCGGUAUCAUCCCCCGAGUGUCUGUACGCGAACCUAUGCAGACUGGUAUCAAGGCUGUAGACUCCCUUGUGCCAAUUGGACGUGGUCAGCGUGAGUUGAUCAUUGGUGACCGUCAGACCGGUAAGACCGCCCUUGCCAUCGACACCAUCAUCAACCAGCAGCGUUUCAACAAGGGAGACGAUGAGAAGAAGAAACUGUACUGCAUCUAUGUUGCCAUUGGACAGAAGAGGUCCACUGUCGCUCAGAUUUUGAAGAGAUUGACGGAUGCUGGUGCCAUCAACUACACCAUCAUUGUGUCUGCCACCGCUUCUGAUGCUGCUCCCCUACAGUACUUGGCGCCUUACUCUGGUUGUGCCAUGGGAGAGUUCUUCCGUGACAACGGCAAGCAUGCUCUCAUCAUCUAUGAUGACUUAUCCAAGCAGGCUGUUGCUUACCGUCAGAUGUCCCUGCUGCUGCGUCGUCCCCCAGGUCGUGAGGCCUAUCCCGGUGAUGUGUUCUAUCUCCACUCUCGUCUGCUCGAGCGUGCCGCUAAGAUGUCCGACAAAAUGGGUGGCGGAUCCCUCACCGCUCUCCCUGUUAUCGAAACUCAGGCCGGUGAUGUGUCCGCUUACAUUCCAACCAACGUGAUCUCCAUCACUGACGGACAGAUCUUCUUGGAGACUGAGUUGUUCUACAAGGGUAUCCGACCUGCCAUUAACGUUGGUCUGUCUGUAUCACGUGUAGGAUCUGCCGCCCAGACCAAGGCCAUGAAGCAGGUGGCUGGUUCCAUGAAGCUUGAGUUGGCUCAAUACCGUGAAGUGGCUGCCUUCGCCCAGUUCGGUUCUGAUUUGGAUGCUGCUACUCAGCAACUGCUUAACCGCGGCCAACGUCUUACCGAGUUGCUUAAGCAAGGACAGUACGUGCCCAUGGCUAUUGAGGAACAGGUUGCCAUCAUCUACUGCGGUGUCCGUGGACAUCUCGACAAAUUGGACCCAACCAAGAUCACUGCCUUUGAAAAGGAAUUCACCCAGCACAUUAAGACUAGCCACCAGGGUCUGCUGAACACUAUCGCCAAGGAGGGUCAGAUCACACCUGAUUCUGAUGCCCAACUGAAGAAGAUUGUCACCGACUUCCUCGCCACUUUCAUAGCGCAG